AUGGCGCAGGUGCUGUACAUGGCUUUACCUUUCCCCGCAAAACCCCACAAAGCUGCAUCAUCACCCUCUUCUUCUUCCAGGCCAUUGAAGCUUGCCCGUAGAACCCGUAGCACCAACGUAUCCAUUGCCACCACUGCCAAAGGCAGUGGCAACCGUCUGCUCAAAACCCAGAAACUGAAUUUAGAGGUUUCUCCUCAUAGAGCUGUUUCAGCGGUGAGAUUGAUGCGAAUUGAGCUCGGUGGUGCUUUUGCUGACCUUCUCAACGAGAAAGGGAAAGGUUCUGGUGAAAAUGAGAUGGGAUAUGUUCAAAGAACGCUUGGUUUUCGCACUCGGGAAUUGAAUCAUCAUGAUCUUAGAUUGGUCACAGACAUUGUUGGGGGCACAAUUCGCUGGAGAAGAUAUCUUGAUCAUCUGAUCAGUUCACUAUGUCACGAUAAAGAUAUAUCUAGCAUGGAACCCCUUCUCUUGCAGAUUCUACGAAUAGGCUUCUAUGAGAUUGUCAAAUUAGACAUGCCACCUUAUGCUGUAGUAGAUGAGAAUGUUGAGCUUGCUAAAGUUGCUCUCAGACCUGGGGCUGGCAACUUGGUCAAUGGAAUUCUCCGAAAGCUAGUUGUGCUUAAGGAGAAUGAUACUCUUCCUUUGCCCAAAGUGGAGGGUGAUGACCGUGCUCAAGCACGUGCUUUGGCAACUCUGUACUCACAUCCAGUUUGGAUGAUAAGGAGAUGGAUAAAGUAUCUCGGCCAGGAAGAAGCCAUUAAAUUGAUGAUAUGGAAUAACACAAACCGUGCAAGUGGUUUUUCAAGAGAUGACCUUGUGAUACAGCUUAAUGCAUUGAAGGUGCUACCACUUCCAGGAUUGAAUGUCCCACACAAGCUUUCAUUGCAUUUGGAUGAAUUUGUUCGUAUCAAAACUGGGUUGCAGAUUAUCAUCCAUGCUGGUCUGCUCAAAAAGGGUUUAUGUUCAGUUCAGGAUGAAAGUGCAGGUCUAGUAGUUUCUGUUGUGGAUCCUCAACCUGGUGAAACUAUACUUGAUGGUUGUGCUGCUCCUGGUGGAAAGACCCUCUAUAUGGCCUCUCAUUUAAGUGGCCAAGGUAAGGUAUUUGCUGUUGAUGUAAAUAGUGGUAGGUUGAGAAUUCUUAAAGAGACAGCAAAGUUGCACCAAGUGGAUGGUGUCAUUACCGCCAUUCAUGCUGAUCUUCGCACAUUGACUGAUAGCGGACAACUUAAGAGUGACAAAGUUCUGUUGGACGCCCCAUGUUCUGGACUUGGUGUUCUAUCCAAGAGAGCGGACUUGCGCUGGAACAGGAAGCUAGAGGAUAUGGAAGAACUGAAGAAAUUACAAGAUGAGCUCCUGGAUGCAGCAUGCAAAUUGGUAAAACCUGGGGGAGUACUAGUUUACAGUACAUGCUCCAUAGAUCCUGAAGAAAAUGAUGACAGGGUGACUGCAUUUCUUGUACGACAUCCGGAUUUCCGUAUUGAUCCUGUAGACAGAUAUGUUCCUCUUGAUUUUGUGACAAGCAGUGGUUUCUUUUUCUCCAACCCAGUUAAACAUUCUCUAGAUGGCUCCUUUGCAGCUCGUUUAGUACGGGAUUCAUAG